ACUGUUGACUUCGAAGGACCAAACAACAAAGGCGUUUUCCACGACUAGUUAUUCCCCUUCUGAGUUAGAUCCAGUCGUGGGGUGGAUAUACAGACUCACGAAAGCCCAGUUAAUAACUGAAAUGCUAAAACACGACUUGGACACCGAGGGUAGGACGACAGAUUAUCUAAGAAAAUCUUUCGUACAGUUUCUUCGCUCACAGCCGGACAGACGAGAUGAGGCUGUAGGCGGAAGAGAAUCCUUUGGCAACGACCCAGUUGGGCCGAAUACCAGUGAAGCAGAGACUGAUAAAAGAAGCCGAGAGUUAAACCUGAGGGAGAUACUCGAGGUUCCACCCGAUACUAGUGACGACGAAGUAAAGAGGCUUUUAGUUUCACUGAAGACGCGGAGUAAGGCCAAGUCCAACUGGGAUACUGGACACGACUAUGUGAGUUAUGCACCUUACGAUGGCGCAACAAGAUCUGUGUAUACCGAUGCUUUUAAACUUCCAGCUCUGGCGACAAGUCAAUACAUUGCACCUGGGAUUUCUCACGAUUCUCUUAGGCGGCAUGUAACGCACUAUUCUAACGAAAAUCAAAGAUUGAGAGAUGAGCACCUUUCCCGACAGCCGCAUGUCAAUUCCGCUGAGAUAUGCAACACAAUUAGAAAGUGGAAUUUACAUUUCGACGGAGAGCGAAAUCCAGUGUCUUUUCUUGAAAGACUUGAUGAGCUGAUGGAGGCUUAUAAUGUAUCCGGGGGCGAUCUGAUAAAAGCACUCCCUGAAUUGCUAAAGGGUACCGCUUUACUGUGGUAUCGAAAUAAUAGAGAGUUUUGGGACAGUUUUGAAGAUUUUCGUCAAGAUUUCGAGCUAAACUUCCUUCCGGUAGGCUAUAAGACGAACAUGGACGAUGAAAUAAAACGUAGAACACAAGGUGACAGUGAACCCAUCAGGACGUUUGUAGUGGCCUUGAAUACGUUGAUGCGACGAAGAGGCGGUAUGACGCCCGUAGAUAAGCUUGAUAGGUUAUAUGCAAAUAUGCACCCGAAGUACAAGCUGAGUUUAAAGAGGCAAGACAUACGAACGAUUAGUGAACUCAUUUCUUCGGCAGAAACACUACGAGAUGUAUAUCCGAGAAACUCACUUAUAUCGGCCACCGCCAGGUCCAGCUCAGUCCCUGGUGCCUGA